GUAUUGAUUGGCAAGUUCGGCCUCCUUUGUCAGGACUUCCUCCUCUUGGUAAAACGUCUUUCAACAAGGAGCUUCAUUUUAACACUUCCAUUGCUAACUUGCUCAUCCUUCGUGGGAAAGAUGUGCAUAGUGCAGAUGUGGAGGGAUUUAAAGAUCCAGCUCUCUAUACUUCCUGGUUAGAGCCUGUUAAUGCUUUCAAAGUGUGGAAAACCCAGCGAGCCUUUAACAAAUAUGAGAAGUCUGCAGCAUUGGUCAGCAAUAGCCAGUUCUUAGUAAAACCACUUGAUGUGAUUGUGGGCAAAGCAUGGAAUAUGUUUGCUUCCAAAGCCUACAUUCAUCAGUACACAAAAUUUGGAAUUCAAGAAGAGGAUUUUUUGGACAGUUUUACAUUGUUAGAGCAGGUUGUUGCCAGUUAUUGUAACCUCUGAUCUUGAACAAAGGGGAAAAGCAUCUUAAGGCAUUUUUGGACUAAAAUAUUU